CUGUCCUGUGGCGCGCGCAGCCACCAAAGCGAGCGUGGCUUGCAUGCAUAACACCAAAACAAGUAGCGAUGAAUACCAACUGUUUAUCGUCUAACAAAUGUGUAAAUACGGUCCCAUCGCCGUAGAGAAGGAAACAAACACACACGGAUAAGGACAGGCCCUCUGUCUCCAUUUUCUCAGACGAUUCCUCCUCCUCCUCCACCACCACCUCCGCCUGCUCCUCUCGCUUGGUGCUGGGGUGAAUGGUGGGUCCAUGGGGUGGGCAGUAAAUGGCUGAGGAGCUGUGCACUGGCUGGUUUCGCAUCAUCGCAGGAUCAUUGGAAAUAGAGGAAUGCAAAUCUGCAACCAUGAUGGAAGGAUUGAAAAAACGUACCAGGAAGGCCUUCGGAAUGCGGAAGAAAGAGAAGGACAACGACUCAACGGGGUCCCCAGAAAGAGAAGGGGGUUUGACCAGCCAGGAGCCCCCAGAGUCUGACUUGUCCCAGAAGAAGUCCAACGGCUCUGCCAACGGCUUCAGUGGAGAGAUCGACUGGGAAAGAUAUAACUCUCCGGAGGUGGACGAAGAGGGCUACAGCUUGAGGCCCGACGAAGAGGAAGAAGCAGCAGCUGCCCCCAAAGUCAAGACCCAUUUCUUCUCCUCCGAUGAGUCCGAGGAAGACGAGGACCACCGCAAGAAGUUCAAGAUCAAGAUCAAGCCCUUGCCGUCCGACUGCCCCGUGGCGAUGCCCUCUGUAGACCAACUCAAGGCCUCCAUCUGCAACAUAGCCUUGUCCCCAUCACCUAUGAGACGUAGCCCGGGUGUGUUGCAACGGAACACCUCAGGUGAGGAGAUCCCAAGGCCGAGACGUCCCGUACCCAUUGUACCCAUUGUACCCGCUGUACCCGCUGUACCCACUGUGCCUGCUGUGGCCCCCGCGCCAGCCCCUGUCCCCCAGCCCCCAAGCCAGCAGACACAAGUACUAGAAGAUGCCACAGCGCUAUUCGGGCCUCCACUUGAUUCAGCCUUCGGGGAACAGAAAACUGAAGUGGUUCUGUUUGAGUCAGAUAUGUGGGGGGCUCCUCUGUCAGAACCUCUGACGAGACCCUUCCCUACAGGAACACCACCUCCACUUCCCCCCAAGAACGUCCCAACUUCCCCACCUACGACCGGGCCUCCCUCACCAUUCGGUACUGAAGUGCCAAGCGAAGCUGAGGACUCCAUCGCCAAGCCCUCUUUCGCGGACUUGGACAACAUCUUUGGGCCUGAGGAGGGCUCCUCUGCUAUCGGGGAUGACACCGGCGACCAGUGGGUCUGCUUCAAAGACCCAGUAUCUGCUCCACAGACCUCCCCUCCUCCUGAAGACCCAGCGCCACCUCCCCCCGCCUCCCCUCCUCCCCUGGACCCAUCACCUCCUCCGCCGACCGCAACAACGCCCCCAGCGGAAGCGGCGCCAUCUCUGCUUGCGGCAGAGUCUCCACCACCCCCGGCGGAGCAGCCACCUCCCUCCCCCCCAGCCCCGACACAAGAAGAGCCCUUGCCCGCCCUGCCAUGCUCUCCUCCCCCGUCAGAGGCCCCCGACUCCGUCUCCUCCCCCCCUGCAGACCCAGCUCCAUCCUCACCCUCCCCUCCACCUCCCGCCCCCCGAGAACCCACUCCUCCCCCGGCCACGUCGCCUCAUCCCCCCGCUGUGCCGGCCCCUCUGCUGCCCUCACCCCCGGCCUCUUGCCCCCCCCAAGCCUCCGAUGCUCCCCGAGUGCCUGCUCCCGCCCCUCCUCCCGCGGCAGAGGCACUGGUGUGCUCCGUCCCGCCGCCGCCCCCCUCUCCGCCGGGGGGACAUCAACAGCCCCAGAGCCCGGAGGCCGCUCCCCCCGAGCUGGCGCGGGACAAAGAAGGACCGAUUUCACCCAAAGAUCACGGCGGUGCCAGCCAGGGAAGCCGGUGUACGCCUCCACCGCCUCCCCCGCCGACGUACCGCGCGGUGGUCUCUUCACCAGGCCCCACCUCCGGGGCCACGGGUACGGCCAGCGGCUCCUCCUCUCCGGUCAGGCCCUCCACCCCGUCGUCUGUCAGCCCAAGCCCCCCUCCACCUCCUCCCCGGCCCCCAUCGCGACCUAAACUCCCCCCAGGGAAGCCCACCGCUGCCGGGGAUGUGGGUCGGCUGUCCAGCGCCCCCGUGCACUCGGCCAGCCCCCCGCCCAUCGCCCCCCUGGCGCGGGCCGAGAGCACCUCGUCCAUCUCCUCCAACAACUCCCUGAGCACCGCCACCACGCCCACCGUCGGUAAAGAGCUCUCCGUGUCCGUGUCAGAGAAUGACCAGCCGUCCCUGGUAUGGUUUGACAGAGGGAAGUUUUAUUUAACAUUUGAAGGCUGUUCCCGGGGCCCGAGCCCUCUCACCAUGGGGGCCCAGGACACACUGCCCGUGGCGGCUGCCUUCACAGAGACGGUCAACGCCUUCUUUAAAGGAGCAGACACCAACAAGUGCGUGGUGAAGAUCAUAGGCGAGAUGGUGUUGUCGUUUCCCGCGGGGAUCACGCGGCACUUUGCCAAUAACCCGUGUCCCGCCGUGCUAACCUUCAGCAUAACCAACUACAGCCGCCUGGAGCAUGUGCUGCCUAACCCCCAGCUGCUCUGCUGCGACACCACCACACAGGCCAAGGGCGAUGCCAAGGACUUCUGGGUGAACAUGCCAAACCUGAUCAGCCACCUGAAGAAGGUGUCCGAGCAGAAGCCUCAGGCCACCUACUAUAACGUGGACAUGCUCAAGUACCAGGUGUCGACACAGAGUCACCAGUCCACACCCCUGAACCUGGCCGUGAGCUGGAGAUGUGAGGCCGCCAGCACGGACCUCAGGAUAGACUACAAGUUCAACGGCGACGCCAUGUCCACCCCUAUGGCCCUCAACAACGUCCAGUUCCUGACCCCCGUCGACGGGGGCGUGUCCAAACUGCAGGCCGUGCUCCCCCCUGCCCAAUGGAAUGCGGAGCACCAACGAAUCCUUUGGAAAAUCCCGGAUAUUUCACAGAAGUCUGACAACGGAGGUGUUGGCUCGUUGCUGGCCCGCUUCCGGCUGUCGGAGGGCCCCAGCAAGCCGGCCCCGCUGGCCGUGCAGUUCACCAGCGAGGGGAGCACUCUGUCGGGCUGCGACAUCGAGCUGGCCGGGCCCGGCUACCGCUUCUCACUGGUCAAGAAGAGGUUUGCCGCAGGAAAAUACCUGGCAGACAAUUAAGGGAGGACGGCUCGUGAGAACACUACUACUGAACACUGGAACACUACAGACCCUCUCUGUGGAUUACGACCGGCCCGGAGGGAUAGAGGGCGGACCAAAACACCACGACAGACAUGAUGGAUGCACCCCCGCAACCAACAAUACCACCACUACCACCACCCUACGCCCCAUGGUGAAUCCCCUCCUUACGGAGUGAGACAAGGUCACGCAGCCUCACCCAGCAGUAUUGUAUAACUUGCAUAUAGCGUUGUGGUUUUUAGGUCAUGUGAUGAUAUUGUACCCGUACAAAACCUGUAUUUAAUUCAUGAACAUCGGUAUUGCUGUGCUGUCAGGACCCUCUCUCUCUCUCUGGUUUCACCUACCCUUUCUGUGAUCUGUCUCUCUCUAUCCCCCCCCCGCCCACAAACACACACACACACACACACAGUCCCACGCCCAGGUGUGUCCAUAAUGUGGUUGUGUGUUCUACUAAAUCACUGCAGCUGCCUCCCCAAGCGCCCCUCACACAGUCUCAGCCCUGUUCUUCCAGUGUAGAUUGCGCGACGCGAGGCGUGGUUGUGGAGCCUUGAAGGGAGACACUCGAUACAGGUGUGGAAGACUCUGACAGCUCUAGUCCCGGGCCGCCCUGUCUGUAAUACUGACCAAGGCAGCCUGAGGUGACACUUUCGGGGCCAACACCGGAUGAGUUGAAUAAAACAGGUAAAAUAACAGCACUACAUUCAGUUAUGGCUCUGCCCCCCUCUGUGCUCAUCCACUGCUGUGGUCUGUCCAAAACUUUGCCAGCACAUCGAUGCUGCCAACUCUUAUGGUUUGACGCGUUGAGUCACAUAGAAACAUGAGAAACCGGCUCAAACUAUUCCUAGUGGUAAUACAGGGUCAAGUGGCGCUCGGUCUGGAGGAAAAUCCCCUCUAUGUAUUUUUAUGUUAUUAUAAAUGCACUGAGACCAAUAUAAAUGAUUAUUACUCUGAAGGAGCAUGCAGUCAGUGUUAGGCAGUUGGGCAGCUGCAAUGAUAAAGGCUAGUUUCUGGUCGCAAAGUAUCCAACCGUUUUCCCAGAAGAAAUCAAAUGUACAAAGUGUCAUUUUAAAUCAAAUAAUAUAUAUGAAUAUAAUAUAUAUAGAUAUAUAUCUAUAUAUAUAUCCUAAAGGGCGUUUGGUGUUUUCCUUGUGUCGUCAGAUAGCCUUUCUGUUGUCCCAGAACAACAGCGAUAGACUCCAGAGUACAUUACAGCAUUCUAUUUUUAUUUAUUGAUGACGAAUUGUUGUAAAAAGUUCUUCUGUAUAUGAAUAGAGUUUGAAUGGAUCACACUUAAGAACCCUUAUAGGUAUGAAUAUUUGAUUCUCUUGUUUUGUUUAUAUGUGUAGUUGGGUAACCCGUGUACAGUAUAUAAGGUCUAAUUUUUUGAAUUUAUUUGAGAUAUAAUUUUUUUAAUCCAAGUGCAACAGAGGAUUUGAAAUAUAUAUAUAUAUAUAUAUAUAUAUAUAUAUAUAUAUAUAUAUAUAUGGGUGGAAAGAAAAUCUUACUGGAUGCUGUGUCAUGCUUCGUAUAAGCAGUGUUACUCCGAGUUAUUUACCCCGUGGGCAGGAUUAAACAUCAGACAUGGUCAGGACAACGAGGACAAAAUGUAACCAGUUUACAUUGUAGCAUGACUUCUUCUUCUAUGGUUUUUACUGCUGUACCAUGACUGGGACCAGAGUGUUUGCUGCGACCAGCUCAACCUUUACCUUCCACUAGCCGUAGGUCUGAAAGAAAAAGACAAUGCACCCGAAUUGACCUUUGCUCUCGUAAGCCUGGCCCAACAUUUAAGAUUUGAAGGGUUUUGAAAACCUCACCUCAUACAAACUUUGACCUUAUGUUGCCAGUCACAUGCCUGUUCCCACUCUGCGCUGGGCACCAGUGCGUCCUAGUCUAGGGCCGAGGCAGCAUGAGCCCACCAAGGAACCCCGAUCCCGCGCUUUGAAUCCAUGGCUUUAAUUAGCAUAAUGGUUAAUGGUCUCUGUGAGAUGACACGACGAAAGGACUGGAGGGACGGUUAAGCUGACCAAAAUGUUUUUGUUUUUGUAUUUUAUGUGUGUAUCCCCAGAUGGUCCUCUAUUAAAGACAAUAAGCUAAAUAUUUUUAAAAAUGGACAAAAAAAGAGGGAAUAAAACCUAUGAUGUUGUUUUAAUGUGAAUAACACUGUGCUCAUUUGGAACUUCCUGAACGCUCUGGUACUCAACGGGUUAAGAACAAAAGCGUAAGUUUGGACUUGAACUUCAGAGUCGAUGUACUGUAAGUGGGCUGCAUUGGUUUAUUUGUAUUUUUGCCAAGUGUCACCAUUGUCUGUACUAUGGAGUGGCCACAGUCGCGCCUUCGUUGGCGGGAUCCACACAAAAAUGCACCGACCACGACAACCAUUACAUGCACGCGGCUUUUGUUUGACAUGGCUUAGCAUAACGUCGGCUCCUCUAUGCAAGUCACGGCUCCUUUCCUUUCAUUCAACCUUAUUAUUUGAAACAUAUAGCUAACCGGCAUGGUGGCUGUUGUCUGUUGGGUUUAGC